AUGAGUCUCAAGGCCUUUGUCGAGCGUCUUCGCAGCGGCGCCCCGCCCGAGUUCCCGCAGGACGCAAACUCGCUGCAGUUUGCCCAGAGCCUCGACUCUCAGGACUCGCUCCGGCACCUGCGCGACGACUUCAUUUUGCCCACCAAGGCGUCGCUGAAGAAGCGAGCGUUGGACGGCACCAUUCCCGGUAAGCCAGCCAUUGAUCUCGCCUUCUCAAACGAGCAGGGCAUCUACUUUGUGGGCAACUCGCUGGGCGCGCAGCCAAAGGCCGUCCGCGAGUACGUCCACGCCCAGCUCGAGACGUGGGCGUCGGUGGGCGUCAACGGCCACUUCACAGACAUGGCCGCCUCGCCCCUGGUGCAGUGGCAGGACAUGGCCGAGGACUGCGCCAACAAGUCGGCGGACCUGGUCGGCGCCUCGCCCAGCGAGAUCGUCUACAUGAGCACCCUGACGGUCAACCUGCACAUGCUCAUGGCCAGCUUCUACCGGCCCGACGACCGGCGGCACAAGGUCAUCCUGGAGUGGAAGCCCUUCCCCAGCGACCACUACGCCAUCGAGAGCCAGAUUGUGUGGCACGGCCGCGACCCGGCCGCGAGCAUGGUCAAGAUCGAGCCCGACCAGGGCUUUGUCAUUUCCACGGAAAAGGUGCUGGCCACCAUCGACGCCCACGCCGACUCCACGGCGCUCAUCCUGCUGCCCGGCAUCCAGUACUACUCGGGCCAGCUGUUCGACAUCCCGCGCAUCACCGCCUACGCCAGGGAGCGCGGCAUCGUCGUCGGCUGGGACCUCGCCCACGCCGCCGGCAACGUCGAGCUCAAGCUGCACGACUGGGACGUGGACUUUGCCUGCUGGUGCACCUACAAGUACAUCAACGCCGGGCCCGGCGCCACCGCGGGCGCCUUUGUGCACGAGCGGCACGGCAAGGUGGAAUAUGACGGUGACGACGGCGACGCGGAGGCGCCCAAGUACCGCCCUCGCCUGGCCGGCUGGUACGGCGGCGACAAGCGCGUGCGCUUCAACAUGGCCAACACGUUCGUGCCGACACCGGGCGCCGCCGGCUACCAGGCGUCGAACCCGUCGGCGCUGGACCUGGCCGCCGUCUCCGCGGCGCUCUCCGUCUUCAACAAGACGAGCAUGCGCGACCUGCGGUCCAAGGCCCUCGUGCUGACGGCGUACGCGGAGCACCUGCUGGACCAGAUCAACGCCGAGAAGGCGGACGCGCCCUUCUUCACCAUCAUCACGCCGCGGGACCCGGCCCGGCGCGGCACGCAGCUGAGCGUCCUGCUGCGCGAGGGCCUGCUGGACGGCAUCGCGCAGGCGCUGGAGGAGAACGGCGUCAUGUGCGACAAGCGCAAGCCCGACGUGCUGCGCGUGGCGCCGGUGCCGCUAUACAGCCGGUUCGAGGACGUGUGGCGGUUUAUGCAGAUUCUGCGCGGCGCAUUGGGUCUUAAAUGA